AGAGUACUAACAAUUAUUUUUAAUUUACCUUAUCAUUAACCCUUAAUGUUUGUGUUAUUCUAGGUUAAGGAUUAACAAGGAAAUUGCUACUACUAUGCUAGUCUUCAAAAUUUAAUUGAGUUUGUUUCCUCAACCGUACCGAUCAAUCUCUUUUGUGUCUUCUCCAUCCUACGUGACAUUGGCGAAAUAAUCUGUGCCUUGUCGGCACAACUAAAAGUCAUUAAACCAAGAAUUGAAUUUAAUUGAAGACCAACACGUAAACACACAAGUUUACCUAUAAUAUUUGAAUUAAUCAAAAAACAUUGUGUAAAUUUUGUUUAAGAAUAUAGAUAAACUGUACAUGUGCGAAAAUGCUCUCGUCCUUAAUAAAAGAACAUCAAACUAAACAAGCAGCUAAACGAGUAGUACAAGAACAAAAACGCAAGGAAUGCAUUGCAGCUGCUAAUGAUUUGACUCAAGCACUAGUUGAUCACUUAAACGUGGGAGUAGCUCAAGCCUAUUUGAACCAAAAGAAACUAGACGCUGAAGCCAAAUUGCUACAUCAAGGAGCUAUUAACUUUGCGAAACAAACACAACAAUGGUUGGCUUUGGUUGAGAAUUUUAGCAGUGCCUUAAAAGAAAUAGGAGAUGUGGAAAAUUGGGCUAGAAGUAUUGAAAGUGAUAUGAAAAUAAUCACAGAUACAUUGGAGAGAGCUUAUGAAACAACCCAAGAGAAACCCAGCUCUAGUCAAUAACUUAGACUAUACUAGUAUAAUUUAAACAUAGGUGUUAAAUUUCAGUACAUGUAUUUAUUAAGUUAUAUUAAUUAAGUUAAAGGUUAGUAUUA